GGGUGUUUCUUUUUUUUUUCUACUUCUUCUAUUUUUUUGGCAAUAAUGAUGAGGCUCCACUGAGGGAGCACUGAGUCGUGACACGGAUGAGUUCAGUUGGCGUUUGGAGACGCUUCAGCUGGACAGGGACAAUAACUGCGUCCUGUUUGCAAUGAGGCUAACUCAUCACGUAUCCGUUUUCCACGUACCUCGAGCUACCACCACACGGUUCCUGGAUGGACCUGGGCGAGCACAGCUGGUCCACAGUCAAGCGUGAAGUGUCCAGUAACCCAGGCUCGCCGAGCGAGCAGAGCUGCGUUCACGGCGAGCGCAGGGACGAGUUGAGGACAUCACCCCUGGACGUAGCGGGGAGUCGGCGCGCAGACACACGGCCGCUGCCCUCCUACGCCGCCUUCGGCCACCCGGUGUGUACGGACGACGUGCCGCUAUUCGCGGACCUGGACCAGGCCGCUAAGCUUGGCGCGCACAAAACCGGGAUCGUGGUGGACCCUGGCGACAUGUACUCGACGCUAGCAGCCUACGAGUCGCCGUCGGCAGCUUACAUGCACUCCAGUCCCAACUCGCCGGUAUACGUACCGACCUCGCGAGUUGGGCCAAUGAUCCCGAGUCUGCCUUACCUGCAGCCGAGCUCGGCGGCGUCACAACCGAGCCACGUAGUCAGCAGCCACGCCGGAUGGUCUCAACCCGCGCCCGAGAGCCCGUCGUCCUACAGCACCGGGAGCCCACACGCCACCUCUACACGCUUUCACUACUCACCAAGCCCGCCCGUUAACAACGGCACGGCAAGGGACUCGAGCUACCCGACCUCGCUGAACGCCAGCGGCAGGGAUCAGUACCUGUCGCGGCCCCUUAGUGGCUCCUACACCGGGCCGUACGCGCCCUACGUGGGAGCGCAGCUGCCCCAGUUACCCACCGCGUGGCCCGCGGGACCCUUCGAUAACUCCAUGCUGCAUUCAUUACAAAGCCGAGCAGCGCCGCUCUCCAUCAGACCCGGACCUGCAGACUACCUUGAGGAAGCGAUGGAGAGUCGGGAGUGCGUGAACUGCGGCUCCAUCUCCACCCCGCUGUGGAGGCGCGACGGCACCGGUCACUUUCUCUGCAACGCCUGCGGCCUGUACAGCAAAAUGAACGGUCUGAGCCGACCAUUAAUUAAGCCGCAGAAGCGCAUGUCGUCUUCCAGAAGAGUCGGUCUUUCCUGUGCAAACUGCCAGACCAGCACGACGACCCUGUGGCGCAGAAACGCAGAGGGGGAACCGGUGUGCAACGCAUGCGGACUCUACACCAAAUUACACGGGGUACCACGACCCCUGGCUAUGAAGAAGGAAGGAAUUCAGACGAGAAAAAGAAAACCGAAAAACUUGAACAAAACCAAGGGAUCGUCUGCAGGAAGCAGCUCUGUCCCUGUGACUCCAACAUCAUCAUCAUCAUCUUCUGCCUCAGAAGAGAACUCGAAGAACAGUCCUCCUUCUGCACAUGUGGCCGUGACCUCAGUGAACUCCUCCGAUUUGGUGGGACAUAUAGAAGCUCCAGGCACCACAGGCUCCAUAGUGAAGUACCCUGGCCAGGAGGGUCUGUACUCUAACGUGGGAUUAAUGACCACCGGGGACGUGUCUGCGUCUGUACGGGGUGACACGUGGUGUCCCAUGGCUCUGGCCUGACACUGACCUGUGAGGGAUUAAUAAGCUCCUCAUCGCUUUACUCCACCUCCAUCUCCACCUCCCUGACAUUCGUUUGUAAAAUGGCUGCUUUCAUAAUGGGACUGUAGUCACCCUGAGAGAGAAAACAAAACAACAAAAAACAAAUCUGUGCUCACGACUUUUUCUUCAGCUUUGGAGAGCUUGUGCAAAAACAAACAAACAAAAAAAAAAUCCUACUACUCCAGUUUUUUUGGAAAUACACUCUCUGGAUGUUGAUAAUGAAGACUACGAGCGUUAAUACACAACGUGCCUUUGGAACUUUUUGCUGAAAUACACACUGCACUACACUGAGUGUCGCUCCGAGGAGGACAUGGAUCAAAACGGCUUCUCACAUGUGUGUGUGUGUGCGCGUGCGUGUGUGUGUGCGUGUGGCCAUAUAUAUAAAUGUAUAUAUAAAACUGCUACUGGAUAUUUUUUCCCUCUUGGAAAAAGAAAAAUGAUUGGAUUGCGUCUGAAACGAUCAGAAGAUAAAAUAUUUUCUUUUUCUAAGUUUAACGGAAAGAGUUUUUUUUUUUAUGUUAAAAUUUGAAAUCGUUAAAACUGGAAUUAAAGAUUGUGCCAACCCCAACACCUGCUCCUAAGAAACAAAAAAAACACCCCACCUUCCAUCCUGAAUGAAUGAAAUUGUAUUUAUAAUGCUGGCUGUUUAAAAUUAAUGCUUAUAUUUGUCAAAUAAAACGAAUGUCUGUUAGAGUAGGACCGAAGCCUUGCUCCUUGUUUUUUAAGUCUCUCUGUUUAUAAGCAGGUUCGUGUUUGCUGUCGGUUUAGAUCGUCGAUGCUAAUCUGCACGGGAUCUAAUGUUUAAAAAAAAAAAGAAAGAAAAAAAAAGCUCUUAUACAAUUUGACUGUAAUGGUAAUUAUGGUUUUAACAGGGUAUCUAGUUGCUUUUUUUUUUUUUUUAGCUUCAAAAUUUAGUGCCAAAUCAAGUGUGAUCUUUUAAUGCUGAAUGGUACUUUUACUGUUGUGAUGAUUAUGAAGGACCGAAAGUCUGAAAAGUUCCUACUUUCAUAUUUCUAAUUGCAAAAACAAACAAACAAACAAACAAACUAAAGUAAGCCAAUAUCUGAACUUCAGAACAAACAGCAGUCAGAAAUUCUUUUCUGAUGCUUUUUUUGUUACAACACACCUUGCGAAAAUGUCUCCUCGUCCUUGAUAUAAGAUCUAACUACCUAACUUAACACGAUGGUAUGCAAAUACUAAAAUAUUUUUAUUUGAAAUGUUUAUCUUUUUAUUUUCGUCUCACAAUGAAAUAUACUUAAAUACAAAUAUACACAUUGAGGAAAAAAAAACGUUUGGAUUUUGGUUUUAUUAUUUCGAGUGUUUUUUUUUUGUUUUUUUUUUUUUGUUUUGGCUUGUUGUUGGAUAUCAUCCAGGCCACAGAUAAGCUGUUAAAAUGAUUCACGAUCUGAGUGACUCACUGAAUUGUGUCCCAAAUGGGGGCUCAAGAGCUUCAGUUUAGAUAUAAGGUUAUUCCUGAAUGAUCCAUUUAGAUCUGGUUUGACUUUAAGUAGAGUCUCGGGAGCACUAGAAGGACCAGAGAAGUGUCUUAUGAUGCUGAGCUUCUCUUACCAAUGGGGAGAACUUUUAGUUUAUAUCAUUUUAUUUUUUUGUUUGUUUGUGUGUGUGUGUGUGUGUGUGUGUGUGAGAGAGAGAGAGAGAGAGAGAGAGAGAGAGAGUGAGAGAAAAAUAAGCAACAUCUGAUGACAAUCUCUACGUUUUUCCCUUUUUUUUUAUUCUGUAGAGUUAUUUAUUCCUUUUUUUUUAAAAUGUGGUGUUUCUUUGAGGUGUUUUCUUAUUUUAUUUUACAUUAAUGUAUUUGUAUUUUACACCUGUAUUCUUUAAGCAAUCAUUUGAUUUUCAAACACAGUAGGUGUGUGUGUGUGUGUGUGUGUGUGUGUAUGUGUGUGUUUUGUUUUUUUCCAAAUUUCAAUUUUAUCAAAAUUCCAACGCAGAAGCAGUGUUGUGUUUGAUCUGGUGUGUCUUGAUCACAAGCUAUAAAGGACAUUUUUCUGUAAAAGUUUUUUUUUGUUCUUUUCUGUGUUUCAUGAACCAACGUGUCUCUUCGUCCUCUUUUGUGUGCUGAAUAGACUUUUGAGCAAAAGGCAUGUCGAACCAUUUUAAUCCCGAAAAACCCGAUCGUUUUUACUGCAAAUGCUGCAGGUUCACCCACACUGGACAAAUAAACAAGAACAGGAACUUUA